AAUUCAGUCCGAAGAAGGAGUACUGUUGUUUCUAAAGAAGAAAGAGCUCCACCCUCGGCCACUGCCACAGCGGCUCAGACAAUAAAUAAGGGCAAAGCCUUUUCCCUUGGUGUCUCUUCAGCAUGGAUGCUUUUCAGGGGAUUUUAAAAUUCUUCCUCAACCAGAAAACUGUUAUUGGGUACAGCUUCAUGGCUCUGCUGACCGUGGGGAGUGAGCGUCUCUUUUCCCUGGUGGCUUUUAAGUGUCCCUGCAGCACCGAGAAUGUGGUCUAUGGGCUGGUUUUCCUCUUCGCUCCUGCUUGGGUGUUACUGAUCCUGGGAUUCUUCCUGAACGGCAAGUCUUGGAGGCUCUUCACAGGCUGCUGUGUGAAUCCCAGGAAAAUCUUCCCCAAAGGCCACAGUUGCCGCUUUUUCUAUGUCCUCGGUCAGAUCACUCUGAGUUCCCUGGUGGCUCCGAUGAUGUGGCUUUCUGUGGCUCUGCUCAAUGGGACUUUUUACGAAUGUGCCAUGAGUGGGACCAAAAGUUCAAGACUCGUGGGACUGAUUUGCCAGGGCAAGCCCCAAGAGUGCCGGGAUGAACUUCACAAAGUCUCUUGUGGCAAAACCAGCAUGACACCCGCGGACAAUGAAGAAGUGAAGCUGUCCCUUCAAGCCCAGUCUCAGAUUCUAGGAUGGUGCCUGAUUUGUUCAGCAUCUUUCUUCUCUCUGCUCACCACAUGUUACGCUCGCUGCCGAUCUAAAGUUAGCUACCUUCAGCUGAGUUUUUGGAAGACGUACGCACAAAAGGAGAAGGAGCAGUUGGAAAAUACAUUCCUGGAGUAUGCCAAGAAGCUGAGUGAGAGAAACCUGAAAUGCUUUUUUGAAAACAAGAGGCCAGAAGUCUUCCCCAUGCCCACCUUUGCAGCCUGGGAGGCGGCUUCCGAGCUCCAUUCUUUUCACCAAAGCCAGCAACAUUACAGCACCCUGCAUAAGGUGGUGGAGGACGGUCUGGAACUGAGCCCCGAGGAUGAUGAGACCACAAUGGUACUUGUGGGUACUGCCCACAGUGUGUAGUGCAUCCACCACCACGGACUCGUGGAGUUCAGGGGUACACUCAUUCUGACAUUUCGGCUGCAUCCGUAGCAACCAGUUUAUGUCUGGGUUUUCUCACAGUAUUUCCUUGAAGACAAGAACCCAAAGGGAAGCAGCUUUGCAGCUCCCAAGGGCAGGCAGUGUCAGGAUGUGCUCAAACUGAUGCCGAGGGAGUGGUCAAGGAUGGUGAGAAAGGGGCUCUUCCACUGAUGGGGGGUUGGGGUUCAGUGGCUUCAGGUUCUUUUUUUUAAAAUAAAUUUUAGGUAUUCAUUUGAGAGAGAGAGAGAGCGGGGGGAGAGAAGGGCAAAGGGAGAGAGGGAGAGGGAGAAGCAGGCUCCCCGCUGAGCAGGGAGCCCAACGAUGACGCGGGGCUCGAUCCCAGGAUUCCAGGAUCAUGACCUGAGCUGAAGGCAGAUGCUUAACGACUGAGCCACCCAGGCGUCCCCAGUGGCUUCAAGGUCUAAGAUUUUAUGGUUUGACCGUGAAACUCAUGCAAGAAGUUCGGCUCCUCUAUGUAAACAUUGGUCAAGGGCGCCUGGGUGGCUCAGUCAGUUAAGCGUCUGCCUUCAGCUCAGGUCAUGAUCCCAGGGUCCUGGGAUCUAGGCCCACAUCGGGCUCCCUGCCCGGCGGGAAGCCUGCUUCUCCCUCUCCCGCUCCCCCUGCUUGUGUUCCCUCUCUGGCUGUCUUUCUCUCUGUCAAAUAAAUAAAACCUUAAAAAAAAAAAAAAAAUUGGUCAAGGCGUCUGGGGGCAGCAGCGGUGACUUGUGAGUAAGCAAGGCCCUCUUAACAGAGGGCUGUAGACAGCAGGAUCUGCAGUGCAGUCACAGGAAAUGCUUGUCUCGCAAAUCUAUUCUAUUGCCUUUCAAGGACGUAGGAAAUUCUACCAUUUGGACUUCGUUUCCUUGGAAUCUGAAGACAGCAGUUCUCAAGAAUAACACAUCGAAAGGAUACGAUGCCUAAAAUUCAGAGCUUUUCACAUGUUUCCACUGUGCACUGGAAGUAUGUCCCUACAGGCAGGGCUAUGUUAUGGCUUUGGGGGCCAUAGGCACUUCUGUCUUCACGGACCCCUUUCUACAUUAAAAAAAUACACACA